UAUUGCGCAUGCGCAAAAAAGUCGACACAGAACACUGGAGUCCCGUCGUGACGUUGGCGACGCGGCUCUCUUUCCGGUUGGAGGUUUCCUAUUGGCAUCCUACACGUUGACUCGUGAUUCAACCGCAACGUUAAAAUGUCAGGAGGUUUAGAUGUGUUAGCCCUCAAGGAGGACGAUGUUACCAAGAUGUUGGCUGCUGGCACUCACCUCGGUGCUGAGAAUGUCAACUUUCAAAUGGAACAGUACGUGUACAAGAAGAGAGUAGACGGCGCAGGUGUAAAUGUCAUUAAUCUUCGUCACACCUGGGAGAAACUGUUGCUCGCAGCUCGUGCUAUCGUUGCCAUUGAGCAUCCCAGCGAGGUCUUUGUCAUCAGUUGUCGUCAUUCGGGCCAGAGAGCCGUGCUCAAGUUUGCGGCUCAUACCGGUGCCACUCCGAUUGCUGGACGCUUCACUCCCGGUGCAUUCACCAACCAGAUCCAGGCAGCCUUCCGUGAGCCACGUCUUUUGAUCGUCACGGAUCCAUCUACCGACCAUCAGCCCAUCACCGAGGCUAGUUACGUAAACAUUCCGGUAAUUGCCUUUUGUAACACCGAUUCACCGUUGCGCUUCGUGGACAUCGCGAUCCCUUGCAACACCAAAAGUUUACAUACCGUUGGCCUGAUGUGGUGGCUGCUCGCCAGAGAAGUUCUUCGCCUGAGGGGAUCCAUCCCUCGUGAGACCAAGUGGGACGUAGUGGUGGACCUCUUCUUCUACAGAGAUCCCGAGGAGGCGGAGAAGGAGGAACAGGCUGCGAAGGAGAUUGCACCAGUGAAGGAGUUUACGGGUCCAGUGGAGGCUGCUCCCGCUCCGGAGCCCGGCUGGGUAAACGAGGUCGAAUCGGCAACCGUGGCUACGGAGAACUGGGCCGACGAUGUUGCACCACCAGCGGCAGCUGCCAUUCCGGCAGCCGGCGCCACGCCGUCGUUCCAAGCAAGCGGAGAUUGGGCCGCUCAGCCUCCGGAGGAAUGGUCGACACCUGUGGCGACCGCCGCUCCUACUCAGAGCUGGGGAGGUGCGAGCAGCGAAAAGUGGUAAUCUAAAAGAGUUGAUGCACUUUGUACAAUGUACACUUUGUACAAUAAAAUAAAACUUGACUGAAAUAGAAA